CACCAGAAUCAGCAGCAGCAGCAGCAAAAUCAGCAGCAGCAGCAGCAGCAGCAACAUCAGCAGCAGCAGCAACAUCAGCAGCAGCAGCAACAUCAGCAGCAGCAGCAGCAGCAGCAACAUCAUCAUCAGCAGCAGCAGCAGCAGCAACAUCAGCAUCAGCAGCAUCAAUAGCAGCAGCAUCAACAUCAGCAGCAUCAGCAGCAGCAUCAGCAUCAGCAGCAUCAAUAGCAGCAGCAGCAGCAGCAUGAGUAUCAGCAGCAUCAAUAGCAGCAGCAUCAAGAGCAGCAUCAAGAGCAGCAGCAGCAGCAGCAGCAGCAGGAGGAAGAGCUUACUCCUAGUGUAUAAUGCCUAG